UUGUUAGCAGUCACAUUCUGCUGCAGCCUUACACUAGGCAAUGCUUAUUUUAACAGCAACUUAAAUUCUUCUGAGCUGCCGCUUAACAGUUUCGAGUCUUAACCACGCUCAGUUGGAGAGUAACAGCGAACGCGUUCGGUUUGCACCUGUUGCCAGCGCGGAUUGUACAACAUUUGAGCAGCUUUGUCGUCAUUGAUCAUUGCAAUCAUCUUCAGCUCGUUUUUUGUCAGUUUAACGUGUUGGCUAAGGUCUCUGGGGGUCGUUUUCGCUCUUGAAAUUAUCGUGCGCCAGAUCUGUCGUUUACCGUUCGUCCGUUGUGCCUUUGUGUGUGUGUGUGUCUGUCUCUGUUUUUGUGUGUGGCAAAGUUCAACCACAACAGCCGCCGCAUUAUUUUUUGCGCAACUUGUUAAACUGCAAAAUUUAAUUGUGGAAAAAUUAAUACAGCUCACUGAGCAGAGUGGAUCAGUGGCUUUAAGGCUAAACAAAAAGUGGCAGCCAAGGUUGCAUCAAUAAUAAAAUAAAAAUUGUGGCAUGGAUAAGCCCAAGAGCAAAGUGUUAAAGAAAGCAAUGAAAACUCAUAUAAAUUUAUUUAAAUAGCGUAGCCUAAAAAGUACCAAAAAUAAUGUCAAUGCUAACAAGCAGAAGUGGCUAUAAAACUACAGCGACUGCUGCAGCCAACUGAAAAUAAUUACAAGACCAGAACAAUAAUAAUAAGCAGCAACCACAACAAUAACAACAUGAGCAGCUUGUCAGCAGCAGCAGCAACAACAGCAGUGGCUGCUGCAACUACUACGGGCAACCUGGAGCCGGCUGUGGUGCCACGUACCGCCAAUUUGCUGGCAUGCAAACAAUGGUGGCGCGUCUGCUUCUUGUAUGGCGAUCAGCAGAAAUAUUAUCGACAGCUCUAUAGCAAGGCGGCUGCCCAGCGACUGGCGGCCAGCAGCAACGAGGCUAAUCAUGAAAAUGACAAUGCCAGCAGCAACAGCAGCAACAAUAACUGCCAAUUGCGGGGCAUGGGAGAUGACUACGAUACGGUCGGGCUGGCCAUUGGCACUGGCGAUUGUGAUUUUAUCGCAGCGCAAUUAGAUGCCAGCGAAGAUGCGGACGAUGGCAUUGAUCUGGGCGAUAGCGCCUGCAGCAGCAGCAACAGCAACAGCAACAAAAGCAAAGCAGCAGCAACGACAACAGCAGCAGCAACAUUGUUUCCAACACCGAGGCGCAGCAAAAAGCUGCUGCGCUCACUGCGUGCGCAUGUCAAAGGCGAGAGCAAGCAGCGCGAUCGAGAUCGCGAGCGUGAGCGGCAGUUGCUCGAUGAGCCAACCAAACGCAAUGCGCGCGUCACUGUGCUGGACGAUCCCUUUCUGUUUGGCAUCGAUGCGGAUCAUCUGGGCGAUCUGAUCAAAGGCAAGCAAUACAAUCAGCAAACGGCGACUGAGCACAUUGCGCACUACUACAAUCUGCAGCUGGAGGCGCAACUCAACGCUGGAGAGGAGCAAACUGCCACCGCUCAAGUGUUGGAGAUCAUAGAGCAGGAGGAGGAAGUGGAGCAGCAGCCGCUUGAAGAGGAGCCCAAGCCAGCGCUGCCGCCAAAGCAAAAGCAGCAACGUGCUGCGCCGCCGCCACCCGCACGCAACAGCAAUGCAGCAACAACAACAACAACAACAACAGCAGCAGCAACUGAGCUGCAGCCGCUUAGCGCCAGCGAUCUAAGAUUUCUGAAUUUGAGCCUGCGCCAGCGCAGUUUACCGCGCAGCAUGAAGCCGUUUAAGGAUGCGCAUGAUAUCAGUUUCACUUUCAACGAGCUGCCAGCGGAAGUGGUUGCAACAACAACAACAGUAGCUGCAACAUCCUCACAGCAGGAGUCAAAUGAGCCCAUCAGCCGCACGCCGCUGACGCAGAUUUCGUAUCUGCAGAAGAUACCAACGCUGCCGCGCCACUUCUCGCCCAGCCACGCAGCUAGCAGCGCGCUGGGACUGCCCAGCAGCUCCUCGGCCACGGCGCUGUAUGCGGCGCAGUCACAGCAUGCGGGCAUGUUGCCCACAUCGCCGCUGCCGCUGCAGCGUCAUCAGCAGUACUUGCCGCCGCAUCAUCAGCAGCUGCCGCCGCAGUGCGCUCCUCAGUACUCGCCCGCCGGCUCCAGCAACAGCAAGUACAGCAACAACUCGCUCAAGCAGCAACAUCCACAGCAACAGCCACCAUAUCAUGGCCACCAUCAGCUGUCGCCGGCGCUAUCAACGCCGUCGCCGCCUUCGCUGCUGCAUCAUCCAGCGUCCAGCUCAUCAACAGCCGCUGCCGGCGCCGCACAUGCGCCAUUCCUAGCCGGUCCGCACAUGGAUAUGCAGCGUCAGUCGCACUCGGACGAUGACAGCGGCUGUGCGCUGGAGGAAUACACUUGGGUGCCGCCCGGACUGCGACCCGAUCAGGUACGCUUGUAUUUCUCACAAAUACCGGACGAUAAAGUGCCAUAUGUCAACAGUCCUGGCGAGCAGUAUCGUGUGCGACAGUUGCUGCAUCAACUGCCGCCGCAUGAUAACGAGGUUCGUUACUGUCACUCACUGACGGAUGAGGAGCGCAAGGAGCUGCGCUUGUUCUCCACGCAGCGCAAACGCGACGCACUUGGACGCGGCAAUGUGCGGCAACUGAUGAGCGCACGCCCCUGCGAUGGCUGCGAUGAGCUCAUUUCAACGGGCGACAUCGCCGUAUUCGCCACACGUCUGGGCCCCAAUGCCAGUUGGCAUCCGGGCUGCUUCAGCUGCUGCAUCUGCCGCGAGCUGCUCGUCGAUCUCAUCUACUUCCAUCGCGAUGGCCGCAUGUACUGUGGACGGCAUCACGCCGAGACGCUCAAGCCACGCUGCUCCGCCUGCGAUGAGAUCAUACUCGCGGAUGAGUGCACGGAGGCUGAGGGACGCGCCUGGCAUAUGAAUCACUUUGCCUGCCACGAGUGCGACAAGCAGUUGGGUGGCCAGCGGUACAUAAUGCGGGAGGGGAAGCCCUAUUGCCUGCUCUGCUUUGACGCGAUGUUCGCGGAGUACUGUGAUUAUUGCGGCGAGGCGAUUGGCGUGGAUCAGGGGCAGAUGAGCCACGACGGGCAGCACUGGCAUGCCACCGAUGAAUGCUUCUCGUGCAACACGUGCCGCUGCUCGCUGCUGGGACGCGCCUUUCUGCCCAGACGUGGCGCCAUCUACUGCUCGAUUGCCUGCAGCAAGGGCGAGCCGCCCACGCCCUCGGACAGCUCCGGCACGGGCAUGUACACGACGCCUACGCCGCCUGCUCAACGUGGUGCGGGUGGCGGUGUUGCUGCCACAGCUGGUGGCAGCAUGCGAGCGCCGCAGACGCGCAUACCCAGCAGCCACGCCUCCAGCUCGCCGCCCAUGUCGCCGCAGCAGCAGCAACAGCAUCAGGCCAACUUCCAGCAGGCCAUGUACCAGCUGCAGAGUCAGCAGCUGGCCGCGGCCACGCCCCAUUACGCCACCUCCGACUCGGAUGCGGGCGUGGUGAAGGAUCUGGAGCAGCGCACGCCCGCCGGCGUCGACUUCACCGACUUUAGCAGCUCGCAGAAUCUGUCGCCCCUGAAUUCGCCCUCCGUGGAGUUCCAGCCGCAUCUGAUGCCCAAGCCCAUGGAACUGCAGCGUGAUCCGGUCUACAACUUCAACGAGAUGGCCAGCAAUCUGGACACCGCCUGGCCCGCCAAGCCACCGCACAGCUAUCAGCUGCAGCGCCAACUGCAGCAAGUAUCCAAAAUGGACAACUCCAUCACCAGCAGCAUGCCCGAGCUGGGCGGGAUGCCCCACCACCAGCAGCAGCAGCAGCAGCAUCUGGCGCACUUUACGCAUCCGCUGCCGGCGCCACCGCUGCACGCCUCCGCGCAGCAGUUCCACACGCAUCCCUCGCAGCACGAGUAUGCGGACAUUCUGCAUCCGCCGCCGCCGCCACCACAAGAGCUGCCCGAGCUGCCCACGCCCAAUCUAAGCGUUGCCUCCACAGCGCUGCCGCCCGAGCUAAUGAGCUCGCCCACGCACUCCGCAGGACAGCUGUCCACGCAGUCGGCCACGCCGGCGGCCAUGCAUCCAGUUUCGAUACUCAGCGGCGGCAGCAGCUCCUCGCCCAUGAGCGGCGAGCCAGCCAAGAAGAAGGGCGUGCGCUUUGAGGGCAUUCCGGACACGCUGCCGCGCUCACGCAGCUACUCGGGCAAUGGCGCCGGCACCAGCGGCAGCGACAGAGAGCGCGACAGAGAUAGAGAGCGAGAGCGAGAGCGCGAUAGGGAUAAGGAAAGGGAUGGCGGCAAUCGGCAUGGGCAUGGCCACAACUCGCGUCGCCGUCGACGCCGCAAGUCCUCCAGUCAUCAGCGCAGCGGCAGCGGUCAUCGCUCCCACUCCACAACACGAGCGGACACCUAUGCGCCCGCCCAGCCGCUCUCCAGCUCCUACCAGGGACCACCCUCGCUGCUGGCCGCCGAGCCAACGCCGCCAAAGUCGCCGCGUGCGCAUCGGAGCGAAAGAGAACGCGAGGAGUCCGAGGAGUCGGACGUCUGCUCCACCUGCUCUUCCAGCUCCUCCAGCUCCGAGGACUACAUGAUGAUGUAUCAGCUGCCCCAGCGGCGCCACUACGGCGGCGUCCGCGUCAGCUAUGUGCCCAACGAUGCUCUGGCCUACGAUCGCAAGCGCAAGCCCUCAGAGCUGGCUGGCGACAAGGACAAGAACUGCAUCAUCUCGUGAUGGCAGCCGGCGGGCAAUUUAAUUACGCGCUGAUUGCGGCGCCUGCAGGCGUCGCAGCCACUAACGAAGCAGCGCCAUCAAUUCACAAUUCCCAAUCACAAUCACAAUCAAAGCCAAGCUCAUAUCCCGCUUUAUUAAAGCAAUAACGACUACAACAACAAUCAGAACAACAACAACAACAACUAUAAACAAUAAACACAAGAGUUGGCGCAACGCUGUUCCAAAUAAAAACACAACCCUAAUAAGCAAAAACAAUUAUAAACAAUUAAGCUAGCAUAAGCAAAAGUAUUUACAUGCCUAUAAAGUAAACUAUUUUUUAUAAAAACACUUUCAACUAUUUAUAUUAACUAAGCGUUAAGUUUUAGACGCAGUAACUCUUAAGCAACAACAACAACAACAGCAACUACUAUUUACAACAAAUAGUGUUAAGUAAACAAUUUGGCUAAAGCAAACAAUAACAAUAAACUAGUACUUAAGUUUUAGCUACUAAGGCGCACUUAAU